AUCGCCAAGUUUUUUUAACUAUACAAUCCAGGAAGGAAGUCACUGUCACUUGGUGAGAUCGAUGGCCCGCGUCGCCGCCGUCCUCGUUGCUCUCCUCGCCCUCUUUGCCGUCGCGGCCACGGCGCAGGCCCCUGCCGCGUCGCCCAAGCGCGCCCCAGCCCCUGCGCCACCCAAGAUGGCCCCUCUCCCGCCGCCGCCGACCAGGGCCCCCAUGGCCUCCCCGCCCUCGCCUCCCACGAUGUCGCCGGCGUCCGCCCCCUCCGCCGACGCUCCAGCCACGAGCCCCGCCGGUGCGGGAUUUGGCGACGCGAUGGCCCCGGCGGGAGCCUCCGCUCUGACUCCGGCCGCCGCGCCCGUCACGGAGAAGAGCACAGCCGCAUCUGCCUCCGCCAUCAGCUUCGUCGCCAUCGCCGGCGCUGUGGCAGCCGCCGCCGUCGUGUUCUAGACAUCCGGAAGUGGAUCUGAGGAGCUGCAGCUGCACCUGAGCCGCUCUGCUGUUGUUGAUAGAUGCCCUCUGUUUGCUCUGUUUUACGAUCCAUUGUUUAUUUAUUUAUUUGUUUGUUUGUCAUUUAGAGGUCUGAGACAGAGAUGAGGAUGUGUAAUCCUAUCAAUUUUCUGAACGGGAGUUGUUUCUAUGCUCCGCAAGCAAACAUAUGACACUGCAAG